AUGUGCACCACCGUCCUGCUCCUCGGCACGCUGGUCAUGAUGCUGCGGCGCCGCUUCUUCAACAAAGUCGAACCGUAUGUCCUCUCCUGUCCCCCUCCCGUCCCCUCGGGGCCCCAGGGCUGGGGACGGGAGG